UUGACUUUUCUCUGCAAGAACGAAAUGAAGGUGAUCCUCCUUGUGUGCUUAGUCGCCGCUGCACGUGCAAACUUUCUGGAUACGGUUGGUCAUGCCCUAAGCGGUGCGGCUCACACAGUUGGUGAUGGUGUUGUGGACGCUGCAAAAACUGCUGCAGGUGGUGUUGUUGAUGCGGCACAGACUGUUGGUCAUGGUGUAGAGACAGCUGCGCAUGCCGUGGCUGGAGUACUCCCAGAUGUUGCUUCUACUCUUGGAUCAACAUUUAAAGAUGUUUGGAACGUUGCUAAGGAUCCUCUUAAACAAGCUGGGGAACAGCUAUUGAAGGAAGCCGCUACAUUUGCCCUGGAACAAGGGGUAACCAUGGCUCUGGAUGCCCUCGCAGCAGGAAAGCGUGAUGUUCCAGACAGAGAGGUCCUUAAAGCAUACAUGGCAGCUGUGAUUCAAGAUGAAUACCAGAAAUGGUUGAAGGACACAGAGAACCAGGUAUUGGGCUCAAAGGAUGAGUUGAUGAAAACAAUGGGCAGGUUCAGAUUCCAAGACAUGCCAGAGGAGCUGAAGAACUACGUAGCCGAAUAUGCUAAAGCCAAAAUGGAAGGCAAAUCAGACCAGUUCAUAGUGAAGCAAGCAGCAACAGCUUAUCAGAAUGCUCUGGAAUCUCUUAAAGACCGCCUCACCAACAGAGUUCAAUCAACAAUCGCAAGUCUGGCAACUGCACAUUAAGUAUUAAACACUUAUGUAGAAAAGUGGUAAAAACUAGUCUUUUG